UAUAUGUUGAGUUGAGUUUUACAUUCAAAUAGACAGCAGACAUGUUCAAAAACGAAAGAGUCUGAGAGUUAGUUUGUCUUUCUCCUCCAUGUAGCUGUCUGACUCAAACGCUUAGCAAGUGUGUUGUAAUAAUAAUAAGAGCAUCAAGACAAGAAUGAUCUGUCAUGAGAAGUGAGAAUCCGAGAGGAAGCAAAUUGCAAUUAAAACAAGAAAGAUGCUCUCUCUCUCUACUACUACUACUCCAGAGACACUGACUUACAGCUCAUCCAAACCAACAUUACUCACUCUCUUUCUUCCUUUUCAUUAUUUCUUUAUUUACUGUUUGUUUGUUUGCUUUGAAAUAUUUAGUGAAUCCUAACGCUCUGGUCCCAUCCUUGCCUCCUCUAUCAUCUAUCUCCCUACAACCACUCACUACUCUCUCUCUCUCUACUCCCUCACUUCUAUCCAUGGCGUCUUCCCAGAUCCCGUUCUCUCUCUUGUGCGUUGCUCUCCUCUUCUUCUCUCUUCCUCUCAUCGUCUCCUCCAUUGGCAUCAACUACGGCCAGGUUGCAAACAACCUUCCUCCCCCCAAGAACGUCAUCCCUCUCCUCAAGUCUGUAGGCGCCACCAAAGUCAAGCUCUAUGACGCCGAUCCACAAGCCCUCAAAGCCUUCUCCGGCUCCGGCUUCGACCUCACUGUCUCCCUUGGCAACGAAUACCUCGCCCAAAUGAAAGACUCCGACAAAGCCCGUGACUGGGUGAAGCAAAACGUCCAAGCUUACCUCCCGGGCACCAAGAUCGUUGCCAUCGUGGUCGGCAACGAAGUCCUCACCUCAAAUCAGUCAGACCUUUCAGCCGCCCUCUUCCCAGCGAUGCAGAGCAUCCACGGCGCUCUGGUAGACUGUGGCCUGAACAAGCAGAUCUUCGUGACCACGGCGCACUCCCUAGCCAUCCUCGACGUAUCAUACCCUCCAUCAGCCACAUCUUUCCGCCACGACCUCCUGGGAACCCUCACACCCAUCUUGGACUUCCACGUCAAGACUGGCUCCCCCAUCCUCAUCAACGCCUACCCUUUUUUCGCUUACGAGAGCAACCCCAAACACAUUUCUCUUGACUUCGUCCUCUUUCAACCAAACCAAGGCUUCACCGACCCUGGCUCCAAUUUCCACUACGAGAACAUGCUCUUCGCCCAGGUCGACGCCGUCUACCACGCCCUUGACGCCGUCGGCAUCAGCUACAAGAAAGUCCCCAUCGUCGUUUCCGAGACCGGGUGGCCCUCCAACGGCGAUCCAGAGGAGGUUGGCGCCAACUGCGACAAUGCACGCAAGUACAAUGGGAAUCUUAUCAAGAUGAUGACGAGCAAGAAGAUGAGAACACCCAUUCGACCUGACUGCGAUCUCACCAUCUUUGUCUUUGCUCUCUUCAAUGAGAACAUGAAGCCUGGGCCUACCUCCGAGAGGAACUACGGUCUCUUCAACCCUGACGGAACUCCGGUUUACUCCCUAGGGAUUAAGACCUCUUCCAGUGGUGGUAGUAGUAGUAGUGGCAGCAAAAACUCUACCGGUGGAGGUAGUAGUAGCGGUGGUGGUAGCAGUGGUGGCUCACCCGGUGGUGGUGGCGGCAUCUAUACGCCUGGGAUCAACGAGAACCCUUCACCGGAUUACAUGUCCAUUUCCUCGGCAAGGGGAAAAGGCAGAUUCGUUGAGUGUGUGUUCUUCUUCCUCUUGCUUUGCAUCAUCAAGCUUGGGAUGUAAAAGCUUCAACCACUAGAUCUCGGCUUUGUACACCUUUAAUUGGGGUGAUGACGUGAAAUUGCCCCCAAAUUUUAUUUUAUUUAAUUAGUUUGUUAUGUUGGUGUUUGGUCGGAAACCUAUUUUCUGAAUGGACCGUGGAUUUAGAAAACUCACCAUCUUUGUUGUGCCUACCUCUCGUCUCUUCUACUUUUUUCUCUCUCUCUUUUGAAGCAUAGAUAUUAAAAUAAUGAAAGCUUAGUUGAUUAAAUUUUUCUAAUGAUGGAGGACGACCUUCUAUGAUCAUAACUUGGAAGACAUUUGAGACAUUGCAGCAGACAAUAUGUCGGCACAAUUUUCUUUUGAAAAGGAAAACAAGCGUAUGUCCUUCAAUAAAUAUCCUUACCAUUCAAAUUCAUUUCCUCAAACUUUAAUGCCUUAUAUGACCAAUCAAUCCAAUAUGG